AUGCCUCAGAAAACAGUCCUUGUAACUGGGGCCAAUGGAUUUAUUGGAUACGGUGUGUGCAGAGCAUUUUCGCUGGCAGGAUGGACUACAUACGGAAUGUUGCGCAGCGACAAAUCAAUUCCAGAUCUUAUCAAGGAAGAAAUCAUCCCCAUCGUCGGCACGGCAGCCAAUCCGACCAUUCCCCAGCAGCUGCCGCCCAUAGAUGUUGUCGUUUGCUGCUCUGGAGACCCAUCCAACUUCAAGGCUCACUUCGAAGACAUUACAUCCAUGAGUCAACGACUCAGCCAGAUCGCACGAGAGAAGGGUCAUGACAAACCGCUUGUCAUCGUCACCUCGGGCUGCAAAGACUAUGGCACGACUCUACGACAUGGCGACCCAGAUCUUGCACCACACACUGAAAGCAGUCCACUCAACUACCCGCCUAUACUGGCCGAACGUUGCGACGGUGCCCUAAAGAUGUUGAAGUUCACCGAUGAUUUCGAUUGCGUGAUUACCCGGCCGACCACUCUCUAUGGCCGAUCGAGCAGUUAUUAUUCUUACAUUUUCCAUCUGGCGGAACAGGCCAAAGCGCGGUCGGACGGAGUCAUGAAGAUCGCAUCAACGCCCAAUUCGAUCCUACACGGCACGCAUGUCGAUGAUGUUGGGGCUGCGUACGUGGCCAUCGCCGAGGCGCCUCGGCAUGUUGUAGCAGGCCAGGCAUACAACAUGUCCAGUCAUAGAUACGAGACUCUAGGUGAACUUGUACCUGCCAUCGAGCAAAGCCACGGAGUCAAGGUGGAAUAUGUUGAUCCAGAAGAAAACGCCGAAAUUGCAUAUACGAUACAGAUCCUAUUCAACUUUCCGCAGUGGGUGGGAUCGGACAAGCUGCGCAGGGAUACCGGCUGGACAGACAAGAAGCCCCUGUUUCAUAAAGGAUACGAGGUGUACAGGAGAGCGUAUGACGCCGCCGCCAAUGCAAAGUCGGAGCAGUAUGAGAGAGUCAUGGCAAUGGCUGUCGGCCAGUUUGGUGUGCAGCAGAGCUGA